CAUUUGGGGGCAGACAGAGGAAGUUAAGGUGUGAAGUGACCUCCUCUUCAGAGAAUUUACAGGGAAGUGAUAUUUAUGUCUAAACAGUGAGGCGCUUGUUUGAGACAGAGGGUUUGAAUUUGAUGCUCUUCAAGCCAAACCUGGUUAGAAGAGCACCAUGGCCUGUGCAAACUUCGACAUGGAAAUCCAAGGAGCAGAAGAGGAGCCGCACAGAGCUGGGAGGCGAGAGCCGCCGAUAGUACAAUAUUACCAGGCUACAACUCUAGAGCCAGAGGUCAAAGGGCUGCUGCAUGACCUGCUGCAGAAACAACCGGCUGUGCUCGGGUCUCUGCAGAUGGUGAGCGGUUUCCUCAGUCUUGGAGUGGGAUUUAUUUUCGCUACAACCCAGACAAUGGAUCAGUCGCUUUUCACCUUGUUCAGAGUUUCCCAUCUCACUGGAAUCAUCUUCCUCUUUGCUGGACUCAUUACCAACCUGAUGUUCAAAUAUCCAGAACUAGUACAUGUAUCCCUCAGGGUGAACUGUGGCUGCAUUAUCGUAGCUUUCAUUGCAGCUUGUCUGAUCAGCGUUGACCUGGCUCAGUGGAAUUCAAAAAAUGAACAGCACCUUAGGAUGGAGGUGUUGGAGCUGUGUGUGCUUGGGCUUGAGGUUUUCCUCUCUGCUGUCCUCUGCUUCUGGUUCUUAAAAGAGAAACGCUCCAAAUCGAGAUGAUUUGGAAGAGAUCUGAGAAUUUAACACUUGGAAUAAAAUGUUCUUCUCCUCUAGUGAAGGACAAACAGUAGAGGACCCAGGGGGCUGUAUGUCAGUCCUUUAAAUAAAGUAAGCAACUGUAUUGAGUAAUUUCUGUGCUAUUUUGUAUAUUCAGUGUGGCUUUCCGCUUCAUCUUGAUUGCCUAUAUUGAAGUUGAAACCCCUGCUGCACAGCCCGUGCGGUGGUCUUGGCCCGAUGUGAGUGAGAAUACAGGGCUUGUGGUAAACAAAUGUCAACUUCUCACA